AUGUGUGUGUCUCACAAGGUGCAUCUGCUGGAGAAAAGCUUCGAGACGGAGAACAAGCUGGAGCCGGAGCGCAAGACUCAGCUUGCCAAGAAGCUUGGGCUACAGCCAAGACAAGUUGCUGUCUGGUUUCAAAACCGACGAGCUCGUUGGAAAACCAAACAGCUCGAAAGAGACUUCGAUCUUCUCAAGUCCUCUUACGACCAACUCCUCUCUAACUACGACUCCAUCGUCAAGGACAACCUUAAGCUCCGAUCCGAGGUCACUUCCCUCGCCGAGAAGCUCCAAGCCAAGGAAGAGACAGCCAAUGAGCCACCGGGUCAACAAGUACCCGAACCAACACAACUCGAUCCGCUAAACAUGAACCGGUUCGAACCGGCAAUCAAAACCGAGGACCGGUUAAGUUCAGGGAGUGUCGGGAGUGCGGUACUAGACGAAGACGCACCUCAACUACUAGACAGCUGCGACUCCUACUUUCCAAGCAUUGUACCGAUCCACUCGGAGGAAGAUAAUAACAACAACAACGGUACUGAUAAUGACCGGAGCUGUUUCGCUGACGUCUUUGUGCCCACCACUUCGCCGUCGCACGAUCACGCUGAAUCCUUGGUUUUCUGGGGCUGGCCUUAA